GGAUUUGUCAGCUGGAAGAAGGAAAGAGGUGGCGGGAAAUUCAAAAAUCAAAUCCAAAACGGAGUUGGAGGAAGCGGAUUAGCUGGCGAUGGAGCAGCUCACGAGAGGCUCCGGGCAUGGGCCCUCUCAGUCAGGCUAUGAACGCUUGACUGCAGAUGAAAUGGAUGAGAAAAGGCGUCAGAAUGAGGCCUACCAAUAUCUUUGUCGCUUAGAGGAGGCUAAACGCUGGAUGGAGGCCUGCUUGAAGGAGGAUCUGGCGUCGCCCACCGAACUGGAGGAAAGUUUGCGGAACGGCGUUAUCCUGGCCAAACUCGGCCACUUCUUUGCUCCAGAUGUGGUUCCCUUGAAGAAGAUUUACGAUUUAGGUCAGGCACGUUUCAAGGCAUGUGGGCUACACUACCGUCACACAGACAACAUCAAUCACUGGCGGGAUGCUAUGAGUCACAUUGGAUUACCAACGAUCUUCCACCCUGAGACAACAGACAUCUAUGACAAGAAAAACAUGCCUCGGGUCGUCUAUUGUAUUCACGCUUUGAGUUUAUACCUGUUUAAAUUGGGGCUGGCUCCCCAGAUCCAGGAUUUGUAUGGGAAAGUGAACUUCACAGAUGAGGAAAUUAACCAUAUGAAGUGUGAGCUGGAGAAAUACGGCUUGCAGCUGCCGUCGUUCAGCAAGAUAGGGGGAAUUCUCGCUAAUGAGCUCUCUGUGGACGAAGCGGCAGUGCACGCUGCUGUCCUUGCUAUCAACGAAGCGGUGGAGGCAGGGAUUGUGGCCCAAACCAUGAUGGCCCUCCACAACCCCAGUGCCAUGCUGUGCAACCUUCGGGAGAACUUCGCUGCGGUCUAUCAGGAGGUGCUCUAUCGGGCCAAGGUGGAAAAAGCCAGCAAUGCAAAGAAUCAGAACCUGAAAGAGAUUCCUGAAGGUGAAGACAUUUACGAUCGGUUUCUAACGCAGGCUGAGAUACAAGGAAACAUCAACAAAGUUAACGUGAAAGGUGCUCUAGAGUUGGUGGAUGACACCCUAGAGGGACAGGAUCCCCAGGCCUUGUACUUCGCUUUGCAGGAUCCCAUCCUAGCCUUGAGAAACCUGCAGCGAGAGAACGCAGACUGGUACCUGGAUCAGCUGAGUGGUGACCGGGAACAGAAGGCACUGGAACUGGGCUACAUUGAUUUGCUCGAGCAAGAGGAAAUUCAAGCAGGGAUUUAUGCAGCCAAUGAGAGAGGAGAUCAGGAACGUGCUGUGGUGCAGGCUGUAAGGCACAUCAAUUCCUCCAUUCGGAGAGGAAUAGCAGAAGAGACUGCACAGGCCCUAAUGAACCCAGAAGCUCAGCUGCCAGAGAUCUUCCCCUUUGCUGCCCACUUGUACCAGCAGGAAUUGACUAUCUUGCAACAGCAGCAGCCACAGGGUGAGUUGGUCCAAGAGGAACUAUUUGUUGCUGUGGAGAUGCUGUCUGCGGUGGCCCUUAUCAACCAAGCCCUUGAACACGGAGACACCAGCACCUUCUGGAAAGUUCUGGUCAGCUCCAGUUUAGGUCUGUCAGAUGUAGAAGACAGCAAUGCACAGCGUUAUUUUGAUGACUUACUGAAACGGAAGCGUCGCUGUAGAAAUGGAAAGAAUGAGUUCCUGAGCUGGAAUGGCAUCCAGGCUUCCGUGAACGACGUUAAUGUCUUGGUCCAAGAGGAAAACAACAAAGUCCUCGCUGUCCGACUGAUCAAUGAGGCACUGGACCAGGGUAGCCCGGAAAAAACACUCACUGCUCUGUUGCUGCCGACUGCUGGCCUGUGUGAUGUGAUGCUCCCAAAUGCUAGGCGGUACCGUGAUGUUCUGACCCAAGUGCGGAAGCAAAAAGCACAGGCAAGCGGAGAUGCUGGAGCCAUGCUGUGGUGGGAAGAGAUUCAGGAGGGGGUCUCCAAAGCCAACCAGGAUUCAGAAGUGGCAAAGAGAAUGGCUCUGGGCAUCGCUGCUAUUAAUCAGGCCAUAAAAGAAGGAAACGCGACGCAGACGGUCAGGGUCCUGUGCAAUCCAGAUGUGUCUCUGUGUGGCGUGGUGAUGGAGUGCGCUAGCGCUUAUCAGGCGCAGCUUAGUGCUGUCAUGGCUGCUAGGAAACCACCAGGGAAUGCAAAAGGCCCUUGGGUCCAACACAAACUGAAGGAUGGAGCAGAAUAUUACUUCAGCCUGCAGACGUUUGAAGGUGUGUGGGAUCAGCCACGUCCUUGUGUCCUUAAUACAACACAUCUCAGCCGGGAGGAAAUCCAGUUUGCAAUCACCAGAGUGACAGCUGCCCAUGAUCGGGAACGCCUCUGGAAAUUGAACGUCGAAUUGGUCAUUCAGCUGCAGGCACGCAUGAGGGGCUUCCUCGUCCGGCAGGACUUUGCAACAUGCUGGCACCUUUUGUCAACACAGGUCCCGGCUGCUGUUAAAAUUCAGGCUUACUGGCGUGGAUACCGACAGCGGAGGAGCUACCUGGAAAGACUGCAGUAUUUGAGGGAGAAUGUGGAUGCUGUAAUAAGGCUACAAUCUUGGGUACGGAUGUGGCACACGCGGAAAAGGUAUCUAGAACGGCUGCAGUACUUCAGGAGAAACGUUAAAGCUAUAAUAAAAAUCCAGACGUUUGUCCGAGCUAAUAAGGCUCGAGGGGAUUACAGGAUGCUGGUGCGCAGCCAGAACCCGCCGCUCAGCAUCGUCCGGCGCUUUGCCCACCUGCUGGAACAGAGCCAGCGUGACUAUUGGGAGGAGAUAGAGCUCCUGGACCUCCAAGAGAACGUAGUGAGGGGGAUCCGUUCCAACCAGCAGCUGGAGAGUGACCUCAAUCUCAUGGAUAUCAAGAUCGGAUUGUUGGUUAAGAACAGGAUCACCCUCCAGGAAGUGGUCUCUCACUGCAAGAAGCUGACCCGGAAAAACAAAGAGCAACUCUCAGAUUUGAUGGGCCUGGACAAGCAAAAAGGGCUGAAGUCGCUCAGCAAGGAGAAGCGGGAGACCCUGGAGGCAUACCAGCACCUCUUCUACCAGUUGCAGACCCACCCGCUGUAUUUGGCCAGGCUGAUCAUGCAGAUGCCCCAGAACAAGUCCACCAAGUUCAUGGAGUCGGUGGUCUUUACGCUCUUCAAUUAUGCCUCCAAUGCCAGAGAGGCCUACCUCCUGCUCCAGCUCUUCAGAAGUGCCUUGCAGGAGGAGAUCAAGUCAAAAGUCGACCGAAUCCGUGACAUCCUAACGGGGAAUCCAAUGGUGAUCCGCUUGGUGGUGAGCUUUUAUCGGAAUGCCCACGGACAGAAUGCCUUGCGCCAGAUCCUGGGGGGGCCCGUGCAGGAGGUUCUGCAGAACAAAACUCUCAGCAUCCGCACCAGCCCCGUGGAUAUCUACAAAGGCUGGGUCAACCAAACGGAGUCUCAGACUGGGAAAAAAAGCAACCUUCCAUACGAUGUUAGCCCUGAACAAGCCCUUAGCCACCCUGAGGUCCAGAGGAGGCUGGACAUCUCCAUCCGCAAUCUACUGGCAGUGGCAGACAAGUUCCUCUCGGCCAUCAUGACUUCUGUGGACAAAAUUCCUUAUGGGAUGCGUUACAUGGCCAAAGUCUUGAAAGAGUCUUUAAUCGAGAAGUUUCCAGAUGCUCCUGAGGAGGAUAUUUACAAGAUUGUGGGGAACCUGCUGUACUACCGUUUCAUGAACCCAGCCGUGGUCGCUCCAGAUGGUUUUGAUAUUGUCGACAUUUCGGCUGGGGUAGCCCUGCAUUCCGACCACAGGCGCAACUUGGGGUCCAUCGCUAAGAUCUUGCAACACGCCGCUGCCAACCAAAUGUUUGAAGGGGAGAACAGCCAUCUCAGGGUGAUCAACCAGUACCUGGAGGAAACGCACCUUAAAUUCAGAAAAUUCAUCAGCUUGGCUUGUUCAGUACCAGAACCAGAGGACAGGUUUAAUGUAGACAAAUACUCUGAUAUAGUGAUGAUCACCAAACCAGUGGUCUACAUCACCGUUGGGGAACUAAUUAAUACACACAAGCUGUUACUGGAGCACCAGCGGUUUGUGGCUCCUGAUCCUAGGGACCCUUUGCAUGAGCUUUUAGAAGACCUGGGGGAGUUGCCUACCAUCCAGUCCUUAAUAGGUGAAAGUGUGGGAAAUGGAGACUCGGAACAUGCCCUGUCUCAGCUCGCCAAGGCAGAGUUCUCACUUACCCUCACCAAUAAAUUUGAUGGGGCAGAGACCAACACUGAGGGCAAGGAUACCAAAAGCUUGUUGCUAAGCACCAAACAGAUGCUGGUGGAUGUGAUCCAAUCUCAGCCUGGAGAUUUGCUUAUGGAAAUAUUACGGACCAAGGCAUCAGAGGAUCAGGAAGUCUUUCACCACCAUCUCAUGAAGAGGAGGGCCUUAUGUGAUGCUCAGGCCCCAGGCAAACUGAGGCGCAACCGCUCCCUGGCCGGCAACAGCCUCCUCUCGAUCGAGGAGAAGAAGCGGAAAGUUGUCAAGAAUCUGCGGCACCUUGAAAGUCUGGGGGUGGUUGAUUCCACCAACCAGUAUCAAGAGAUCAUCAAUGAGAUGGCCAAGGAUAUUCGCAACCAGCGGCAACACCGGCAGCACCGCAAGGCAGAGCUGGUGAAGCUGCAGCAGACCCUUCACAGCCUCAACUCCAAGAGGAUGUUCUACGAGGAGCAGGUGGACUACUACAAUCAGUACAUCUGGACCUGCCUGGACAACCUCGCUGCCAGAAGCAAGCCUAGCAAGAAGCAAGCAACCCUCCAUUACACUGCGGCUCGUCUCUUUGAAAAGGGUGUUUUGCUGGAGAUUGAAGGCCUCCCAGUCAACCAGCUCAGAAAUGUCAUUUUUGACAUCGUUCCCUGUGGAGAAGCUGGCCAGUUCCAGGUGAAGGCAAAGUUUAUGGGGAUCGACAUGGAGAAAUUUCUGCUUCAUUACCAGGACCUCCUCCAGCUCCAGUACGAGGGCGUUGCUGUCAUGAAGAUGUUUGACAAGGCCAGAAUCAAUGUCAACCUCUUGAUCUUCCUCCUCAACAAGAAGUUCUUCAAAAAGUAGCUGGGGGCAGUUGGAGGUGGGGAUUGUGCAAGAGUUCCAGGAAAUACAGAGAAUUAUGUUGUGGGGAAAGGGGUCGUUGACACAAUGCCAAAGAAACAGUGGUACUCCAAAGCCAUGACGGUGCUCUGCUAAUUCAUGUGCAGCCAUCAACUUGAAGCCUGCAUUUGAGCUAUUCUGCUUCAAACUGGAGGGGUGUGGGCUCCAAUAAUUUAGUAUUCCUCCAGAUGAUGCUAUCCCUGCAUCUGAGGUAGCUUCUCAGGCAGACGGUUUGGCUUUAGAACACUUCUUGAUAAUGCUAGCUUUCUAUCUGCAGGGAAUAUUCCUCCAUGCAGUUGAAAUCCCUCAAAUGUAGAAACCUAGCCUAUCCCGGAGAAGGACACUUGCCCAACCAUCUCCCCAAAUUGUUAGUUUUCCACAUGCAGGGUUUUUGUGUAUAUGUCUAAAGGGACGUUCUGGUCUUCCGUGAUAGAAACAGCAUAACACAAGCUUAGGUUGACCAGUUCUGAUUUUGUUGUUGUCGUUUUUCUUUAUCCUUGCACUCCAGUUCCUCGGGUCCCAGAGCUUCUAUGCAAGUGCAAUAUAUCUGUGUGGGCUAUGGAUUGCUCGCCUGCAGGCUGAAGCACGUAGAGUUGAUCUGCGCAGGUUGCAGCAAUGUUUAAACAAGACCCUGCGCAUGUGCAAAGUCACACGUGGGGAAGGGCUUAGUCUCACUGGCAUCACUUAUAAAGCAGGCCUUGGGUUGGACUGUACAGUCCACCGGAGUGCACUCCAAUAGCACCGUCAUGGAGACAGUGUGGAAAAACCUUGCUGACACUAAUACAUAAAAAAAAAUCUUUCUUUUGCUGCUGCUUUACUGUUUCAUGUCCCAGACAAUGACCUUGGUUACUAUUAAUUCUAUAUAUAAUUGUCAUGCUUUUUGAAGUUAUUCAUGGAACCUGAGAUUCCCUAUAGUACCCUGUAAUUUUGCGGAAAAUAUAUGCUUUGUUUUCUACUUGGACUGAAAGUUCUGGCACGCACUUCCUUGAUAAAGCCACAAGCAAACAAGACAUUUUAAGAAACCUGCAUCGCCGGAGAUACGAGAGACCUGGAAUGGCACUUGGAAGAGAUUGCAAAAUAUCAGAAUUUGAGGAUAGUCACCUGAUCAUUGGGAAAUUCACACGUCUAGACAUUUGAGCUGAACACGGUUACCAAUGAGUCUUUCUUCAUGAUGGGAAACCUUGUUCACAUAGCCAGUUAAGGUCACUGGCUGCCUGAUUUUAUAUUAUAGCAAAUUAUGUACUUGUCUUUUUUUUAUUUCCCUCCUCACUUUUGGUUUGGUUUCUGGAAUUGUUUGGCUUGUGUAUGUCAUCAGCUGCAUGACUGAUGAUGGAGGACUUUGCAAGUUUUUUUAAUGGUUUGUACAGGAGAAGAUUUUUAAAGAAAUAAAAUUAUUGGCUCUAA